GCUGCCCCCGCUGCCGCCGCCGCCGCCGCCGCCGCCGCCACUGCCGCUGUCCUCCCGCCGCCGCCGCCUCCUGGGCCCCGCAGCAGCCGCUCCCGCCGCCUCCUGCUGCAGCCGCCGCCGCCCUCGGGCGGGUCCCCCGGACUGACUCCGGUGGCAUCUGUCUGUCUCAGCAUCACGGACCCAAGGAGAAGCCUAGCCAAUUGCCAACAGCCUUCUACCCUGCAGGGAGACGAGCCUGCCGGCCUUGAGGGUGCUGGAUAAAGAUGGCGGAAGCUCACCAAGCCGUAGCAUUCCAGUUCACAGUCACUCCUGAUGGAAUUGACCUACGUCUGAGUCAUGAAGCUCUGAAACAGAUUUACCUCUCAGGCCUCCACUCUUGGAAGAAGAAGUUCAUCCGAUUCAAGAAUGGAAUCAUCACGGGCGUGUAUCCCGCGAGCCCAUCCAGCUGGCUUAUUGUGGUGGUGGGGGUGAUGUCAACCAUGUACGCGAAAGUCGACCCUUCCUUAGGAAUAAUAGCAAAGAUCAAUCAGACUCUUGGGACAACGGGUUCCAUGUCCAACCAGACCAAGAACAUUGUCAGCGGCAUCCUCUUUGGCACGGGGCUCUGGGUCGCGCUCAUCAUGACCAUGCGGUACUCCCUAAAGAUGCUGCUUUCCUACCAUGGCUGGAUGUUUGCCGAGUAUGGCAAACUGAGCCGGGCAACUAAAAUUUGGAUGGGGAUGGUGAAGAUUUUCUCAGGUCGAAAACCGAUGCUAUACAGUUUCCAGACAUCCCUGCCCCGCCUGCCGGUGCCCGCUGUUAAAGAUACUGUCAACAGGUAUCUAGAAUCAGUUCAGCCUCUUCUGAACAAAGAAGAUUUUAAAAGAAUGAAGGGUCUUGCUGAAGACUUUUCCAUUAAUCUUGGACCAAGACUGCAGUGGUAUCUGAAGCUGAAAUCUUGGUGGGCCACCAACUAUGUGAGUGACUGGUGGGAAGAGUACAUCUACCUUAGAGGAAGAGGCCCCAUCAUGGUGAAUAGCAAUUAUUAUGCCAUGGAUCUGUUAUACAUCCUGCCGACUCACAUUCAGGCAGCCAGGGCAGGUAACGCCAUCCACUCCAUCCUCCUGUACCGGAGGAAGCUGGAUCGAGAAGAAAUCAAGCCAAUUCUUCUGCUGGGGUCCACUGUGCCCCUCUGCUCAGCCCAGUGGGAACGGAUGUUCAAUUCUUCUCGAAUCCCAGGAGAGGAGACAGACACCAUCCAGCACGUGAAGGACAGCAAGCACAUCGUGGUGUACCACCAAGGGCGAUACUUCAAGGUUUGGCUCUAUCAUGAUGGCAGGCUGCUAAAACCUCGCGAGAUCGAGCAGCAGAUGCAGAGAAUUCUCGAUGACUCUUCAGAACCUCAGGCCGGGGAGGAGAAGCUGGCUGCCCUCACUGCCGGUGAAAGAGUGCCGUGGGCCAAGGCUCGCCAGACCUAUUUUUCCCGUGGCAAGAACAAGCAGUCUCUGGAUGCCAUUGAGAAAGCAGCAUUCUUUGUGACAUUGGAUGACACCGAACAGGGCUAUAACAAAAAGGACCCGGUCACCUCCAUGGACAGUUAUGCCAAGUCUCUGCUCCACGGCAAAUGUUACGACAGGUGGUUUGACAAAAUGUUCACAUUCAUCGUCUUCAAGAAUGGCAAAAUGGGCCUGAAUGCAGAGCAUUCGUGGGCAGACGCGCCCAUCGUCGGUCAUCUGUGGGAGUAUGUGAUGGCUACAGACUGCUUCCAGCUGGGCUAUGCAGAAGAUGGUCACUGCAAGGGAGAUACCAAUCCCAACAUUCCGUGCCCCACAAGACUCCAGUGGGAAAUCCCAGAGGAAUGUCAAGAUGUCAUUGAGAGAUCUCUGAGCCUCGCCCACACCCUGGCCAGCGAUGUGGAUUUUCACUCCUUUCCGUUUGAUACUUUUGGUAAAGGGUUAAUCAAGAAAAGUAGGACCAGCCCAGAUGCCUUUGUGCAGCUCGCCCUGCAGCUGGCCCAUUAUAAGGACAAGGGCAAAUUUUGCUUAACGUACGAAGCUUCCAUGACCCGCCUCUUCCGGGAAGGACGAACAGAGACUGUACGAUCCUGCACUAUGGAGUCCUGCAACUUUGUGCUCACCAUGAUGGACCCCACGCAGACGGUUGAAAAAAAACUCAAACUAUUCAAAAUUGCAGCUGCUAAGCACCAGCACAUGUAUCGUCUUGCCAUGACCGGUGCUGGCAUUGACCGCCAUCUUUUUUGCCUCUAUGUGGUCUCCAAAUAUCUAGCUGUUGAUUCUCCUUUCCUGAAAGAAGUUUUAUCUGAUCCAUGGAGACUGUCAACCAGUCAGACACCUCAACAGCAAGUAGAACUCUUCGAUCUAGAGAGAAAUCCAGAAUACGUGUCCAGUGGAGGUGGCUUUGGACCUGUUGCUGAUGACGGUUAUGGGGUGUCCUAUAUUAUAGUAGGGGAGAACCUCAUCAAUUUCCAUGUGUCCUCCAAGUUCUCCAGCCCUGAGACUGAUUCUCAUCGGUUUGGAGCUCACCUGAGGCAAGCCAUGGUCGAAAUCAUCACCUUGUUUGGACUCCAUUCCAACGCCAAAAAGUAAUUCCAGUCAUGCCCAGGAGGAAACGGAACUCUUCUGAGAAACCAAAUAAGACGAGACAUUGUGUUCUUUUUAUGUAGUCGAGGGUCAGAAGUUGCUCUUUUCCAGAGAGGAAUAGGGUCUUUUUAUAUAUAUAUAAAGAGAGAGGGAGAGCGCAGAGUAUAUUGUAUGAAGAAGUAUAAUUUUGCUACUUCUAGGUAUGUCCUAAUUAUGUGAAUGCUUGAUUUUUUCCCCUAAAGUCUUUGUCUUGCUUAAAUUUAAUUAAUGAAGGGAUUGAAGUAUUGUCAAAUUAAUGUAAGUAGAGGAAUUUUGAUGUAAUAUAUAUGUUGGGAACAGAAAUAUCAUGUUUCCUCAAUUGUGACUGUAUAUCAGGUACUUAUGGGCAUUUAACUCCUGUUAUCAGAACAGUUAUAUAUAUACAUUAUAUAUUUUAAAAAUUAUUUAAAUUGGAAGUGUAACCAAUGGACAUAGCCAUGUCAUGCACUAACCAAGAAUGGGGCAGCUCUUUGGCACAAGCUUUUGCCAUGAUGGAUCGCUUGGUUACUUACACUACCUAAGAGAAUAACAGCCCCCUCUAUUUGCUUCAUCUCUAGUUUUAUUGAUAUGGGAAUAAACCUUGAGUGUAUUUAUAACCCCAGUGCCUUAAAAAUGAAAGGUCCACAACACAAGAAAAGUCUUAUACAGAUUGUAUUAUAACUGUAAAGUUUAUUGCUGAAUUGUGGGAUUACAAAUUCCAUUCUUUCAUCUUUGUUUUUUCCACUUGGGUUCAGCCCUGGAAUGAGCUUGCUGGCAGAAUAUGAAACACCCUUUACAGGCAGGCAUGUGUGUCUGGUUUUCUCCUCCCACAAAAAGUCCAGCUUCCUCGGGAGAGGAAGAGGCCACAUCAAUCAGCUUUCCCUGUUUGGGAUCCCCUCCUCCCCAAAUUGGGAGCAUGGCAUUGGCUAGAGCAGCAGAGUGGCCAUCUGUGGUUACCAGUGGGGUGCUGCUCUGUAGAAGCAAAUGUAACAGGGCUCUAUGAUGGCUGAAGGAAGAGAAACUUUGAUGGGAAGGGAGGGAAGGAAAGCAGAGUGGAGGUAUCCCAAAUGUAAAUCUUAGCCCAGCAGGAUUGCCUUUGGAACUGAAGUGAUGAGAGAGAGAGAGAGAGAGAGAGAAUGCAAGCAGAACAAAACAAAACAAAAAGCCCUAAUCUCUCUCAUUCCCAAAGGAAGAGAGUACCAGGUGCUAGAUGACUGUGGUUUGUAAAGAACCUAGAACACUUUGAGUGCUGGGCUAGAGCCAACUUCAUAGGAGGGGUCGGACUGAUUUUUGUUUUAAAGGCACUAAAUCCUCACUGGUCUUUGAUAUCAGAGUUAAAGAUCAUGGAACUCUAUCACCACUGCCACUGGGCUGGGCUGACAGUGUUCAUUUUCUUCCAAUGGUGUGUUUAAUUUGGCAUCACCUGGUCCGGCUUGGGUUGGCCUCCUCUGAGAGGUUUGCACUCCACUGAUACACAGAAAGGGCUGAACAUUCAGAGCCCAUGGAAGGCACCUGCUGACAAGCACAUGCAGGUUUUGCAUAUGUAUAUAUCGUACUACAGGCAUCCCACUCAAAUGGGCCAAAGAAAUUCUCUCUUUUUUUUUUAAGUAAAAAUAAAAGGAUUGGGUUUAGUGUCUGGGAAAAAAAAAACCCAUGAGAAAAAGCCUAUACUGCAGGCAGCCAGUGGGACAUUAAAUCAGACCACUGCAAGAACCCUCCAGCCAUUCAUUCUGGGCUGUAGAAAUCAUGCACUAUUUAUAUUGACCACUGACCAAUCUGUAUUACAAUAACACUUAAAUUGUAUUAGCUUGUUAGAGAGAUUUUAUUUUUAAAGAUAGUGUUUGGGCUUGACUCUCAGGUUUUAAAUGUUUCAAAUGUAAUUGUAGUUAAUCAGAGCAGUUAUCAAUGCAACUUUACAUUCUUUGAGAGAAUGUAAAUAUAAUUGGCACAGAAAGAGUCAGUUUUUCUUGUACAUGUUGAAAGGGGCAAUAAGAGUGUCAUGUAUUUAAUUUUUAUUUAGAAGAGAUCCAGAUUCUUACAGUGGAGAUAUGGUUUGUAUUGAUUGCUCUCUUGGAAUGUCCACUGCAUGUAAAUAGAAUAUGCUCUUUGGGAUGUAAAUCUUGGAAAUUCGCCGUGAAUUAGGCUCUCAUUAAUAAAGAAAUUAACCUCA